AUGACACUGACAAUGUCACAGUGCGCAGUAGAGCCAGGAUCCGAAUCCACGGCCUUCCGGAAGCAGCACUUGCGUCCCACACGGUCUGCCGCCCACACGGGUGUCCAUGCCUUCCCUCUCCUGGGCAGGAACGUCGUUGCAAAAGGUCAGACUUCCCCUAGUCAAGCAGCCGGCUUCCUCCUCUGGCCCUCUGCGUCAAGGGGCCAGCAGCCAAGAUCGGGGUCAGAGGUAAACAGUAACCAAGCUCCAGAGCUAACACGUUCCAGGAGUUUGGACCGAGCCUCGGAGGGUUGCUGGGGACGUCACGGCAGUUGGCGGGUGUCAGCUGAUUUGCUGCAGCGGCGGCGGCGGCGGUGGAGGCGGCAACGGGCCCCUCGUAGCAGCGCUAGCGAGGCGGAGGCUGGGCUGGGGUUCCAGCCCGAAGUUUCCGCGCCCGGGUUUGCCCACCCGGCGUCCCUCCCGGAUACAUCCUCGCCUGGUCCUGUUGGCCGGAGGGACGGGAUAUAG